GACGUAGGCGGCGACAAUCGCUGUCAGUGAGGUCCGUGUCGGUUAGUGGGAGCCGCCUCUUCCUGGUCCGGCCGCUUGCCCGCAGAGGAAGCGGGGCCAUGUGAUCUGCGGACCAUUCAGUUGGGAAUGUGCUUUCGCCGGUAGUCGCUGUGGCAUCUGUAUUCUGGAGGUGCGAGAUUCUCGGUCGUGGUUUCAGUGUGCCGAUCUGCUUGAAGUUGUAUAGUUGUCCCCGCCUGAGGGGACAUUCAGAGACCCUAAGCCCAUCUGGUGCAGACUUCCAGUUAAACUCUCAGCGUGUUGAUGUUCAAGGGGGUGCUUGUCAGUCAGAACUGUUGAACGUUGGUUGAUAUUUGUUCUUUGUAUUUCGGCUCCCUGGCUAGCAACUGACAGUAACGGGAAAAUGGAGGCCAAAGCUUUAUGUAAAGGAGACGGUGCUUGCAACGCGGUGGCCCCGGAGCCUCAUCGCCUACGCGGAAUUGGGAGCAGAGAGCACUCCAGGAACACCAACCUGAGAAGGGAGGAGCCCAGAAUGAGCGACGAGGAGUACGAGGAUUCCGAGGCCGAGCAGUACAAGGAUGGUCGGAGCGAGGAAGUGAACUGGGAGGCCAAAGUUCAAGCGUAUGCCUGGUGUAAGGAGUUUCUUGGUGGGUCCUGGAAGUUGAUUACUGUGGAUGAGUUUCAAAUCUCAACUAUCAGUGGAGGCCUCAGUAACCUGUUGUAUCUCUGCACUCUGCCAGAUCAUGUGUUAAGUGUGGGCGAUGAGCCUCGCCAGGUACUGCUGCGUGUUUAUGGAGCCAUCCUACAGGGUGUGGAUUCUCUGGUUUUGGAGAGCGUGAUGUUUGCAGUUUUGGCAGAACGUGCCCUGGGACCAAGAUUAUAUGGAGUGUUUCCACAAGGACGUUUGGAGCAAUACAUUCCAAGCCGUCGACUGUUGACUGAAGAAUUGGGAUUUCCAGAUAUUUCAGCAGAGAUUGCCGUUAAAAUGUCACGAUUCCAUGGAAUGGUCAUGCCCUUCAACAAGGAACCAAAGUGGCUGUUUGAGACCAUGGACAGGUAUCUCAAGCAGAUAAUGGGGCUGACAUUCAUCAGAGAGGCACAUGUCAAAAAGUUUAAUAAACUGAAGACUUUCAACCUACCAGGAGAGUUGAGAAGUUUAAAGGCACUUCUUGAAGCUACUUGGUCACCUGUGGUUUUUUGCCACAAUGACGUGCAGGAAGGUAACAUUCUCUAUUUGGCAGACAAAGACGCUUCAUCCACAGAGAAAUUGAUGUUAAUUGAUUUUGAGUACAGCAGCUAUAACUACAGAGGCUUUGAUAUUGGGAAUCACUUCUGUGAAUGGAUGUAUGAUUACACUUAUGAUCAAUGGCCAUUCUUCAAAGCUAAUAAAGAAAAAUAUCCCAACCGACAGCAGCAGCUUCAUUUUAUCCGCCAUUAUCUUUCUGAAUACUCUGGCAAUAAAGGAGACUCGGUGCACGAGGACCAAACAAAAAUUGAAGAGGAGAUGAUCAUCGAAAUCAACAGGUAUGCCCUAGCCUCUCACUACCUGUGGGCACUUUGGGCUAUUAUACAAGCAAAACUUUCCACAAUUGAGUUUGGGUACAUGGAUUAUGCCCUGUGCAGAAUGGAAGCCUACUAUGAACAGAAAAGAAUAUUCGCUUAAUUUGCUUUUGAGCGAUAGCACUGUUGUCUUGCUCAGAGUUUAACACACCUCUGCUACACUUUCCUUUUACAUAUAUAUAAAAAAGUUGCUUUCAUUGCAAAUUUGUCCAGGACAAUUUCAUACCUAAUCAGUGGGCUGCACCUGAAGAGCACACAGACACAUGCUAGUGUACAAGUCAAAUAGCAAUUCUGUGCUCGGAAUGAUGAGCAUCGACUUCUUGAGGGGGCGGGGGGAGUAACUUCCAGCAGCAGCUGUGUGAAGCCCUGGGCUGCAGGUGUUCCUGUAGGAGUCUGUUGCAAUGUUUAUUCAGUGUGUUCCCAUAUUGUAUGUCUUUGUCCUUCCUGUGCCCCAGCAGUCUCCUAACCCAGUAAUGUACAUAUCUUCAAAGUUUAUCCUUGAAAAGCUGAGAUUUGGUUUAAAGUCAUGAUUUGUGUUGGGUAGUCCAAUAACUGCAUAAGAGGGACAAAUAAGGAUUUCUUGUGGUUUUUUUUUGUUUAAUAAUUUAUGAAGUGCCUGCAAAGGCCAGUACUUGUUCUCAACACUAAAUGCCUUUAAGAAGUUGAAAAUAAUUGUCUUGAAAUGUAUGUAUUCUUGUCGUAAAAAUAUUUUCACAUUGUUGGGUAGAGUGUUACCUUGUGAUGAUGAAGAAAUGACCCCACAUCAGCCUGACUUGGAGGAGAAUCCAUGGGAGGUGAUCCUGUGUUACUGCUACCUUUGUCCUUGAUUGAAAAGCACAUCCUACUCAUAAGUAAUCAAUACUGUUUUGAAUACACUUUUACACUAUUUGAAGAAAAUAAAGCAAUGUGGUUCUGAGCAAUGCAAACUAGAUGAACUUAACUACAGAUCAAACGUGUUAAGCUGAGGUUGAACAAACGUGUUAAGCUGAGGUUAUCUGUCCAGAUUCCCGGUGCAGAAAUUGAACAGGAAACUUGAGGGAAAAUGUACACUAUAAAACUCCUCAGUGAUCUCGAUGAGUGGAAAAUAAAUGUUUCAGUUAAAUGAUUUGCAUUUCUGAUUUCACUUUCCACUUUGCAUGACUUGCUUCCAUUUUUCUUAAAAAAAAAUCCUGUUUCUGCUGAACAGGGUUCAGACACCAAGACCAGUCACUAAAUAAAGCUUGCAUUAACUCCAUCUUGGGGUAUAUUUCAGCAUCAGUGACCCAGUUGGUGGAGAUCACAGCUGCUCAGUCAGGCUUCCAACUGGGUUCAUAUUUCUCGUUUGCUGCAGGUAACAGCGACUCUAAUCUUUCCUCAGCUUAUUCUGUCAGUGCCCGGCUCAUCCACGGCCAGUGCUAAGUGUAGCUCCUGGCUGGGUAGUGUGUAGGAUACAACCCAGCUGUACUUUGCUAAGCCCUGCUAGUAUAUUUAUACCGUUGGAAAGUAGUUUAUUUGGAGAAAUUAAUCCUAGUGCAUUAACUAAAAUGAACAAUAAAAUGCAGGAAAUUAAUUUUCCCAAGACUGGCAUAAUGUUGAGUAAUGCUUGUAAUAUUUCACUUUUGAUAUCAGGUUCGUACAUUCUAUAUGAAAGGCAUUCAAUAUGCGUCCGCAAUCAUUCCAGAUCCUAUUCAAUGUGUGAGGUGUUUCCUCCUUGUAAAAGUUGUUUACCAACUUUCCUCAGCUUAUUGACGUGUAAGUAAUUGUAAGCCUCUAAUGCUGCGAUUAGAUCUCUUUUUACUCAGGAGGGGAGAGUGAACUAAGAUGAAUCCGAGUCUUAUUGCAGGAUUUCAACUUGAAAUGUCAGCAAUUCCUUUCCUUCUAAAAUAGCUGCUCAGUCCAUUCAGUUCCUUCCACAGAUUGUUGCUCCAGAUUCCAGCAUCUGCAGUCUUUUGUACUCCUUAUUCUCAAGCUGUUCCUUCGAAUCUUUCCUGCAUCCCCUUUCGGAUCUUUUCUCAAUCCUGAGGUGAGGUAGGUGAGCUGAAUUUUAAAUCUAACUUCACCUUCCUUCCUCCCCCACCCUCCCCAUUACCAAAUUGAGUGAGAGAGAGAGAGAGAAGCAUCAGUGGUGAUACAGGG